AUGCAGCAGCAGACGGCACUUAAGAAAGCUACUAAUGUCCAAACUUGUAUCUAUGUUUGCUUCGUCCUUCACUCUAUAAAUUCACUCUGUCUCUUCUCUCUUUCACUCAUCAAGUAAUACUUUUAUUUCGCUUCUUUAUAAUUUAAGAGUCCAUAUAUAAGUUGAGCCAGAAAAAAGAAGAAGAGAGUCCUUAAGAACUAGUUUGGGUCUUUGGUUUAGUUAUUCCUUUUAUACAUUCCUUUUACAACUACUAUCUAAUAUUAUACUCAUUAUAUAAUUCUUCUCCUAGACAUGUGUACUGGAAAAUCAUCACACACAAAAUCCUCACCUAAGAAGUUUGGGAAAAUAAGUCCAGCUUCUUCUGUACUGUCCCUGGGUUCCAACAGUAAAGGAUUGAACAAAGUGGAACUCAAAGAUAGAGCGGAUGACAAAACCAAGGCAGCCGCUGCUAAGAAUGUUGCAAAGGCACCUGCAAAGGCACCAGCAAAAGAGAACAAAAAGCCUCUUGAGUUCAAGCUUCACUCUGGCGAGAGAGCAGUGAAACGUGCCAUGUUCAACUACACGGUUGCAACAAAUUAUUAUAUCACAAAACUACAGAAGAAACAAGAAGAGAGGUUGCAGAAGAUGAUAGAAGAGGAAGAGAUUCGCAUGCUAAGAAAGGAAAUGGUUCCAAAAGCUCAACUAAUGCCUUUCUUCGAUAGACCGUUCCUCCCACAGAGAUCGAGCAGACCAUUGACGAUGCCAAAGGAACCAAGCUUUGGAAAUGUAAACAGUACUUGUUGGACUUGUGUCUUCAACAACCAACACUAUCUCUACCAUAUUCAUCAUGCUCAUGCUUAAAUCUUGAAAGACACUAGCUCAGUUAAAAGCAUUUGCUAAUUUUCAUUCCAAAUCUUUCUUUCCCAAUUUUUUUUUUUAUUAAUCUUGGUAAGUUUAUGUCUCUUUUCUUUGGUCCUUUCCUCCUCACUUUUUCGAAAGUUUAAAUAAAUGACCGAUUUCGAUUGAUAUCAUAUGCACGUUGUGAUAUACUCCUACAAGAUAGUCAGUCUUGUCAUUAAAACUU